AUGCUUCAAGAACAAAGUCGUAAGAGAGUAGCAAUAAUUGGAAGUGGAAGUGCUGGAAUGGGAGCAGCAUGGUUAUUAUCAGAGCACUCUUCACAUAACGUUACCCUUUACGAGCAAUAUGAUUAUUUGGGAGGUCAUACUCAUACAGUUGAUUUUACAGUUCCUUCUACAAAAUCCUCUGAUUCUCCACUAACAACGCCAGUUGACACUGGAUUUAUAGUAUUUAAUCCUGUUACAUACCCAAACCUUCUUAGAUUCUUUCAAUAUAAGAACGUUGAAUAUAUACCCUCUGAAAUGAGUUUUAGCGUAUCAAGGAAUAAGGGAGAAUUCGAAUGGGCAGGGAAAAAUUUAUUUACAGUCUUUGUACAACCAAAGAAUUUAUUGAACUUGGAAAUGUGGAAAACCGUUUAUGAUAUUAUGAGAUUUAAUUUUCAUGCUACUGAUUUAUUGGAAUUGGAAGAUGAUCAUCCCGAAAAAAAGAUGAAUUUGGGGGAAUAUUUAAAAGUACAUGGUUAUUCUUCGGCAUUCAAAGAUAAUUAUUUGUUACCGAUGACUGCGGCAAUUUGGUCUACUCCACCGGACAAAUGCGCGCUCGACUUCCCUGCAUUGACACUAAUACAGUUUAUGCAUAAUCAUUGUUUGCUUCAAGUGUUGAAUCGUAUUCAAUGGCUUACCGUAAAGAAUGGAAGUCGCAAAUAUGUGGAAACAAUUUCUCCACACAUUCACAAUGUACGCUUAUCGACGAAAGUUACAUCGAUUACACGUAAACCAUAUAUCCCCUCGGAUCCCUCCUCACCACCAAUCAUUACCAUCACAGAUAGCAACGGUAGACGUGACGAGUUUGAUCACGUGAUCUUUACCACACACGCCGAUCAGGCUUUACAGAUUUUGGGCGAUCAAGCUACCGAGGAUGAAAGGCGAAUCUUGGGGAGUGUUCGUUUUAGUCAAAAUCGCGCCGUGCUACAUUCCGAUCUUUCGUUGAUGCCGAUAAAUCGUCUUGCAUUCUCGUCUUGGAAUUACAUUACUAAAUCUACCGAAACUUCCGUUAAUGUUGAGCAAAUUUCCUUAACUUAUGACAUGAACAUUUUACAAUCAAUCGAUAAAUCAGUUUACGGACCUGUCCUUGUAAGCUUGAAUCCUAUUUUCGAACCUGAUCCAUCAAAGGUCGUAGGUUCAUGGUUAUACGAACAUCCACAAUACACACCUGCGACAAUUGCAGCACAAGCUGAAUUACACACGAUUCAAAAUCUUCCAAACCUUGCCACAACAUUUGCAGGAGCCUGGACGAAAUAUGGAUUUCACGAGGAUGGGUUCACUUCAGGGUUAAAAAUUGCCAAGGAAUUUUUGGGUGCUUCAUCACCUUUUGAAAUAAUUGAUGCCACAUAUGUUAGGGGGAAACGAGCCGAUUUAAGUUUUGUAGAGGCUGUACAAAAACGAAUUUGGAUUGGAUUUGAAACAUGUGUGAAUCAUUAUACACAUUUACUUGCCAUAUUGUGUAUAAUGUUGGCAGUGUUGAAGGGUUUCGUCAACUUUUUAUAA